UCUGAAUUUGGUUCCUGGCCACUAAUCUCAUUUGUGUCUCCACUCUCCACAUGUCUCCUCACUGUUCAGCCGAACGAGAAAAGCAAUAGAAAACGACGCCGUGAGAAGAAUCAAUCGAGCAGGUGAGUCCAAAUUUCGAGGAUUCCACCGUAUCUGAUGAUGGAUGGGCCGGUGGCGCCGACCGGUGGCAAUCGAGGUAAUGGGAACCUGGACGACCAAAUUGCUCAGCUGAUGCAGUGCAAGCCCUUGUCGGAGCUAGAGAUAAGGGUGUUAUGCCAGAAGGCCAAGGAGAUUCUGAUGAACGAGAGCAAUGUGCAGAUCUAUUUACUACCAAAGUGGGUGGUUCGCAACAUUUUCAACACUGCCUACAUGGCAUGAAGGCUUGGUGCUUAGUAAAACCUGUGAAAAGCCCAGUGACCAUAUGUGGUGAUAUUCAUGGGCAGUUCCAUGAUCUUGCGGAACUCUUUCGGAUUGGUGGAAAGUGUCCAGAUACAAAUUAUUUGUUUAUGGGAGAUUAUGUUGAUCGAGGAUACUACUCUGUUGAGACAGUAACGCUCUUGGUAGCCCUCAAAGUGCGUUAUCCUCAAAGGAUCACUAUUCUACGAGGAAACCAUGAAAGCCGCCAGAUCACUCAGGUGUAUGGGUUUUAUGAUGAAUGCCUGAGAAAAUACGGGAACGCCAACGUGUGGAAGAUCUUUACAGAUUUGUUUGACUUUUUCCCUCUUACCGCAUUGGUUGAAUCAGAAAUAUUUUGUUUGCAUGGUGGAUUGUCACCGUCCAUUGAAACUCUUGAUAAUAUCCGUAAUUUUGACCGUGUUCAAGAAGUUCCUCAUGAAGGACCCAUGUGUGAUCUUUUAUGGUCUGACCCUGAUGAUCGAUGUGGUUGGGGUAUCUCUCCAAGGGGUGCUGGAUAUACAUUUGGCCAAGACAUAUCAGAGCAGUUUAACCAUACAAACAACUUGAAGCUUAUAGCCAGAGCACACCAGUUGGUUAUGGAGGGAUUCAACUGGGCUCAUGACCAAAAGGUCGUUACAAUCUUCAGUGCACCUAAUUAUUGUUACCGCUGCGGGAACAUGGCAUCUAUUCUGGAAGUUGAUGAUUGCAAUGGUCAUAAUUUCAUUCAGUUUGAGCCAGCUCCUAGACGUGGUGAGCCAGAUGUCACUCGAAGGACACCAGAUUACUUUCUCUGAUAUAGCUGGAAUAGUUGCCGAAUAGUGUCAGGCAGAUGCCUUCAAGCUGCUUUGUUGGUUGAUUGCUGCUUACAAGGUUAGAAAAUAUACUGAAACUGAAAGUAUUGAGAAGGAUGGUAAAAGCAUGUGUAAGAGACUGGGUGGUACUUUAUCUGGUUCAGCUGUCGUCCCGAAACUAAUGGAGAUACCGCAGAAGAGGCAGUAGAGCUGGCUGUGCUAUCGCUGCACAUAUAUUACCUAUGCAAAAGAUGAGGCAUAUUUUUCCCCCCAAAUCUUCCAUUUCUCUUUGCCAUAUUUUUGUCAUUUAUCAUAGGUGGAUGGUUUUCAGUUUGUUACACUUCCUCCGAAUUUUUUGAUCCCUUAUUAUAGGAAAUACAAUAAGGGUUGUAAAGGAGAGAAUUUCGUCACAUUUUAAUUUUUAAGUGCGUGCUGGUAAAUUUUA